AUGCUCUCAAACAGAAAGGCAAAAAUAGAGCUGUUUCAAACUUCGAUUGAGAGUGCAACUACAAGAGGCUGUGCACAAGGUGGUGUUUUGUCCCCACUCCUUUGGAAUCUUGCAGUAGACCAAUUAUUGUACAAGAUGGCAGACAUUCGCAUUGACACACUGGGUUAUGCUGAUGAUCUUGUGAUCGUUGUGAGGGGUUUUUGCCAAAGUAUUUUAUCAUCAAUCAUACAAAGAGUCCUAAACACCAUAAACAACCGGUGCAGGGAUAAUAGUUUAUCGGGUAAUGCUGAUACAACUGUUAUAAUGCCCUUUACCAAUAAGAGACGCUUGGACAAAUUAGUACAAAAAUUAAUGGUAAAGAAAUACCAUUCUCCACUGAAGUUAAGUACUUGGGCGUAA